AUGUCGGACACGGAGGAGCAGGAAUAUGAGGAGGAGCAGCCAGAAGAAGAGGAGGCUGUGGAGGAAGAGGAAGAAGAGGAGCGCCCCAAACCCAGACCCGUGGUACCUCCUCUGAUCCCGCCAAAGAUCCCAGAAGGGGAGCGCGUGGACUUCGAUGAGCGACGCCGGGCCGAGAGAGCUGAGCAGCAGCGCUUCAGGACCGAGAAGGAGCGCGAGCGCCAGGCCAAGCUGGCGGUGGGUGAGGAGGAAGAGGCCAAGAAGCGGGCGGAGGACGAUGCCAAGAAGAAGAAGGUUCUGUCCAACAUGGGGGCCCAUUUCGGGGGUUACCUGGUCAAGGCCGAGCAGAAGCGUGGGAAGCGGCAGACUGGCCGGGAGAUGAAGCUGCGGAUCCUGUCUGAGCGUAAAAAGCCCCUGGAAAUCGACUACAUGGGGGAGGAGCAGCUCCGGGAGAAGGCCCAGGAGUUGUCCGGCUGGAUCCACCAGCUGGAGUCGGAGAAGUUCGACCUGAUGGAGAAGCUGAAGCAGCAGAAAUACGAGAUCAACGUGCUGUACAACCGCAUCAGCCACGCCCAGAAAUUCCGGAAGGGGGCCGGCAAGGGCCGAGUCGGAGGCCGCUGGAAGUGAGGAUGCCGGGACUGUGGCCUUCCUCGGAGGCCCUUGGGGUGUUUGUUCCAUCUGUAACUUGAAAUAAACACUCCCUCAGACACCAGCUGAGUUCUCUGAUGUUACUGUUGUGAU